AAGAUGGACACAUGUCGGUUACUGCACAACAAGCUUCACUCAACAGAUCAAUGGUCAGGAGAAAACAUCGCCCCAUCCCUAACUCCUGAACUUUGUGAUAACAUCAAGACAUGUUACUCUUCUCUGGAACCUCAAGUUAAGAACAAGCUGCUUCUUGCAACCCUGAACAUGCCUCACAGGAUGAUAGAACAUGGGUCUACUGAGCUUCAACAGAUUUUUGCUAAGGCAGAGAAUGACCCUGACGAGUGGUCCAGAGUGCUCUCAGGAAUGUUGAAAACUUUCCCCAAAGAUGGUAAAAUUUGCACUGAGUUAAAUGAUGAGAAUUGGCAGGAUGCCAUCAAGAGCAUCACAAGUUUGCUGAUCGAACCUGCAAGUGCUAAUCUCAGACCUCUUGAGAGAUUGUACAUGAACACAGGCUCCUCCGGAAAGAUAGUUCCAACUCAACAUUUCAAGUUCAGCACAAAGCACAAAUCAGCAGGUGCACGUGCAGAGUUGUUGGCAAAGGGAAGGGAAUUACAGGACUCCAGGAAAAGAGAGCAGGAGAUCCGGUCACGUGAUGGAGUUUCCACAUCAGGGAUACCUCAAUAUCGGGGACAAACCACUGCAGUCCCUACUCCUGCUGCUCGUAAACCUGUCUCUAAUAUAGAGUACAAACCUUCCUUCAAGCCUAAACAAGAGUAUGGUAUUAAAAUCCUCGACAUGAACGAAGCCCCAAUGCCCGAGCUUAGAAAGAGGCGAAAGGUCAAUGAUCGACUAAAAUCCCAGGACUCAGAGGAACCGGAUACUCCUGUAGGAGAUCAGGAUGCCAGUUUCCAGGACUAUCUUAACAAAUAUAACUCCUCAUUUCCUUACUAUGGUCUUGAUCAGCCUCCUCCUACCCCAAAACUAGACGACUCUUACCAAGUAAACUCUUUUGCUCCUUCACAGCCUCUCUUUUCACCCAGUCUUGAUUACCAAAGUGGCUUUCUUGAUCCUGAUACCCUCCGAUCAUUAACUAGCGUUCUAGAAAAAAGUAACCGAUUGAUUGAGACGGACCAAGCUGUGAUAGUGAACUUUUUGAAGGGUAACAGAGUGAAUCCAAACCCCGAGAAGGGGUCUACUGUUACUAUUUUGUUAAACAGCGAAGUUGAAACAGAUGCAGAGGCUAGAAACUCUUUGGUCGAGAUUCUGUUUGAAAUGAACUAUGAUACAGGCCGGUGGAGGAGGCUGAAACGACAAUCAGCUUAUACACUGAAUCCUUGAAACAAAAUCAGCUUUCACUCUAAGUCUGUUAAUAUGCUUACUAACCAUCGAAUAUUCUAGUCUUGGUUACAUGAUUUGUUAAAAAACCCAUACAAAUUUAAGAGUAAAAAGAUCUCAUGCUGAAUGUUUGCAAAUUCUAUGUUUAGAUUAUAUUUGUAAUUUUAAAAACUUACAACAGAAGAAUUAAUG